ACCAAACGUGUUCGCAACUCUGUUAGUCAUUUAUUUAAAUAUUAAAAUUCGGAAAGAAUGUCCUUCAUUAAAAAUCGAUUCAAUCGAGUAUUUUGCAAAUCCCGCACCGUGUGCCCGAUGAACAAAGCUCCUGAUUUUUGUGAAAGUGAAAUUCAUGAUCCACUUUUCGAUUGUUGUUUCGGGCUUGAACUUGAAUUGGAUGAAAUGUACAAAAAAGACAUAAAAUCAGUGAAAAAUCCGAAAAGGCGUAAAAAGAAACGCAAGAAAAACAGUAACAACCGUCCAGCCAGCAACACUUCAUCCAAAAUAUCUCCCAUUCGUUCCAAGUCAACCAGCGACCUGUUAUGCGAAGAGCCACUGUCGUCUUUAAUGAAAUGUUCUACACCAAAGUCAGUAGGUAGUCUUUGCGAUCAAUUGGAUAGCAUCGGAAUUAGUGCGAUAACACCACGCAUAACUAAGCUGUACGGUAAGAUUACCGAACAUGACAAGAAAAUUUUGAAACGAAUGGCGAUGAAACGAACACAGGAAAUAGCUCAAAUGGAAGACGCUUGGAUAGCGAGAAAAUGUUGGGAAGAUGAGCGAACGAUACGAAAUAAUUUGAUAAACAAGCACAGCCUACAGUACACGAAAAAGGUAAAGGAGAAACAGCGACUGGAGUCCGAACAAACGGAACGACGAAUGAACGAUUUGGCUAGGAGGGAGCAACAAAGUUUGGACGAGAUAAAAAGAAACAUUAAUGAGAAAGAGGAACGACUGGAACAACGAUUACGUGCUGAAUCGGUGAAAAGGGAAAUAAUGAACAGGGAACGACAGCUGGAGGAAAUGAGAAAAUUUGAAGCAGCGGCUCUCAUUCAACAGGAACUUCAAUUGGACGAAGAAGUUAGGAAACAAGAGUGUUACAGUAAUUUGGAACAGCGAAUCAGUCGCGCAGAAGAAAUGAGAAACAAAUAUUUAAACACCAGACAGCGACGACUGUGUAUGGACAAUGAAUUAGAGCAAAACUUGCACGCCGCUAAUUAUGACGAAACUAAGAGAAACGAGCUACUAAAGUUGGAGCAGUUAAAGAUGAAAAUUCAGGAGCGCAAUAGAAAAUCAAUCAAAUUUUUGGAAGCAAAGCAGCAAUACGUAUUGGAGUGUAAGAGUCAAGCUAGAGCCAGUGCUGAAUUAAGAGACAUUGUAAGGAAUUCUAUCAGUCCAGACAGUUAUCGUAGUUUUAAAGUAAGAAGUUCGUGUGAUCGUCCAAUGUCCAAUAUGUCAUUCAAUGAAAGUCAUUUGAAGCUAGGUUGAUUAACAAUUCAUCAACCAAGGGAAGACAAAAUUGUAAUUAAAUUUUUUAAAUAGGUCACGUCGACGUCGUCGGGUGUUAAAAUGAAAAUUAUUUGGAUAGUCAAUUUUGAAGAGUACAAAAAGUUCUGAGAAAUAAAUAUGUUACGAGACGUUUACAAACAAAAGAAGU